CCAAACAUCAUGUUCAAAAAGAAUGAGCUUAAUUUUCCUCCUAUCAACUAAUUCUGUCUUCUUUCCCAUUCAUAUCUUUUUAUUUUUUUAUCUUGUAUUCAAUUGGGCGGUUAUGCAUCUGGGCUGACAGCUAACUUUUUGUUGAAAAAGCCUCGGCUUUCACACUUUGGCCAAGCAUCUUCUUAAUUUUGAUCCACGGGCUCUUUCUUUCCACUGUUUCAACUUGUUCACAUCUUUGCUGUCUAAUUUUCCUUAUUCUUUCUUCCCCUCUGUUGGGGGCUGAAUCUGGUGGGAAAAAGAAAAAAAGAAAGAAAAAAAAGAAAAAAAAAAAAAAAACUUCUGAGCUCUGUCUUCCUCAUGGGUUCCUGCUUCAGUGCUAGAAUCAAAGCUGAAAGCCCUGUUCAUGAAGGGUCGAAUUCGAAUUAUGGAAGCAAAGUUUCGUCAGUGCCUUCAACUCCCCGGACAGAGGGUGAGAUAUUGCAGUCCCCCAAUAUAAAGAAUUUCUGCUUCAGUGAACUUAGAACAGCCACCCGGAACUUCCGUCCGGACAGUAUGGUGGGUGAAGGUGGAUUUGGCAGUGUGUUCAAAGGAUGGAUUGAUGAGCAUUUAUUGAAGGCUGCCAAGCCUGGAACAGGCACUGUUAUUGCUGUAAAGAGGCUUAAUCAAGAAGGUCUCCAGGGUCACAAGGAAUGGUUGACAGAAAUCAACUACCUUGGACAGCUGAGUCAUCCCAAUCUUGUGAAACUGAUUGGUUACUGCUUGGAGGACGACCACCGGCUUCUGGUGUAUGAAUUUAUGCCCCGGGGAAGCUUGGAUAAUCAUCUGUUUAGAAGAGCGUCUUACUUUCAACCUCUCCCAUGGAACAUCCGUAUGAAGGUUGCCCUCGGUGCUGCGAAGGGUCUAGCAUAUCUUCAUAGUGACGAAGUGAAAGUGAUAUAUCGUGACUUCAAAACUUCCAACAUCCUGCUUGAUUCAAAUUAUGAUUCAAAACUAUCUGAUUUUGGAUUGGCCAAGGAUGGGCCAGAGGGUGAUAAAAGCUAUGUCUCAACAAGGGUCAUGGGCACAUUUGGGUAUGCCGCUCCAGAGUAUAUGGCAACAGGUAUCUUUAAAUGUCAUUUAACUGCUAAAAGCGAUGUCUAUAGUUUCGGAGUUGUUCUGCUCGAAAUUUUAUCUGGCAGACGAGCAGUGGACAAGAACAGGCCAACUGGAGAACACAACUUAGUAGAAUGGGCCAAACCUUAUCUUGCCAGCAAACGCAGAGUUCUUCAGAUAUUCGAUGCUCGUAUUGAAGGCCAGUACUCGGUAGAGGAAGCUCUAAGAGCAGUUAAUCUUGCAAUUCGUUGCAUAGCCACAGAACCCAAAUACAGACCAAACAUGAAGGACGUUGUAAAAGCAUUGGAACAGCUUCAGGAUUUGAGUGACAAGCAGAGCUCAGCGAGCUCUCAAUCAACAACAUCAACAAAAUCUUAAAUGGAAAUUCAAGCAAUGGUCCUGUACAUAUUCACAAAGUUAGCGAGGGAAGAUCAUAUUCACAAAGUUAGCAAAGGAAAAAAUAGAAACAGCUGUCACAUCCCCAGCCAUCUGUUGUGUUUCUUCCCCAUGGUUACAUAUGAGGAAAUUGAUACACUACAUGAUUUGUUAUCUCCAUUGAUUCAGAGGAAAAUACGGAAGGUUUUUUGGGGUAGCACAAUGUCUUGUUGAGCUUGUAUUACAAUAGCCGAUUACUGUACAGAUGCCUAGCUAUUUUGUUUAAUAUCAGCGGGAUUACUAUAUUAUCCUAUUCUUGUAUCCAUCGCACAUUGUGCAGGAGAGUUAUGACAUGUUUGUUGAGCUUGCGUAACAUCCUGCAGAACAGAGAAUUUGGUUACCAUGGAUGAGGCUUAUGAGCCUUCUGUUUUCCCUAUUAGUAUAUGUAUUUUCUAAUAAUACUAGUAAUUAUGAAAAAGGCAUUCUGUGGUUCA